AUGGAUGAGAAUAUCGAAGUGCCUCAAUAUUUCUUGUGUCCCAUCUCACUGCAUAUCAUGAGAGAUCCGGUAACCACCGUUACCGGCAUAACGUACGACCGCCAAACCAUCGAGCGUUGGCUGUCGACGGCGGAGGACGCCACCUGCCCCGCCACCAACCAGCCGUUGCCAAGAGAUUCUGACUUGACCCCGAAUCAUAUGCUACGGCGGCUGAUACAAGCAUGGUGCGUUGCCAACGCCAAGAAUGGGAUUGAUCUAAUCCCGACGCCGAAAACUCCACUCCACAAGUCUACAGUUCUUAAUCUCAUUCGAAAACUCAAUAAUCCUGUCAUGUAUGUGGAUUCCUUGAAGAAAAUGGAUGAACUUGCCAAUGAGAAUGAGAGGAACCGGAAAUGCAUGGCCGAGGCCGGAUCGGCCAAAGCAAUAGUUUUGUUCGUUUUGAAAUGUUUCAAGGAAGGUAAAACUAUAGGCAUCGAGGAAGCCUUGAGAAUUCUCCAUCUAACGUGGAAUCCCGGUACCAACGAAAAUCAGCAACUUUUUGAAGAUAACCUAGCUCUUGUCGAAGCCUUAACAUGGAUCUUGAAGAGUGCUGACAUAGAAAGCAACGUCAUCACGAAAACUCAAGCCCUCGUAGUAUUGAAAAAGGUAAUCGAAGUAGCGACUCGGAGUUUGCUCGAUAGACUAAACCCCGAGUUCGUCAAAGAAAUGGUAAAAGUCUUACAAAGUAAUGAACUCAAAACUUCACAACAGGCAGUAAAAUCCACCUUGCAAAUCCUUGUACAAAUAUGUCCUGUGGGAACAAACCGAAUGAAAAUCAUCAACGCAGGAGCAGUUUUCGAGCUUGUUGAAACCGAACUAGAUCAAAACCUCGAAUCGAAGAAAGUUACCGAGCUUAUAUUCACACUUUUAGCACACUUAUGUUCAUGUGCUGAUGGAAGAGCUCAAUUCUUGAAACAUCCUGCAGGGAUUGCAAUGGUUUCCAAAAGAUUGUUGAGAGUUUCUGAUGCAACUGAUGAUGGAGGGCUUCAUAUAUUUGCUUUGAUUUCGAGAUUUUCAGCUACAAAUGAAGUUCUUGUGGAGAUGCUGAGAGUUGGAGGUGUGUCCAAGAUUUGCAUGGUGAUUCAAGCAGAUUGUGCAGAUGAUUUAAAGAAGAAAGCGAGGGAGAUUUUGAGGUUGCAUUCUAAUGUUUGGAGGAAUUCACCUUGUAUACAAGUUUAUCUUUUGACAAGGUAUGCUAGAUAG